UGUAAUGUUACAAUUAAUUAAUGGUCUGUGGAAAUUUGCUGACAUAUUAUUUAUUAAAACUUUACUUUAGGGGAAUCCCCUUCUCAUGGUAAUGCGGGUGUUGUAAAAAUAAUUUUGCAUUCUGUGAAGUUAGAAAUAUUAGAGAAGUAUAUUUCGUAGAAUUAAUUAUUUUGAAUCAUGGGUAAGAAGGAAAAAAGGCUUCAAAAAAAGACGGCAAAUAAAAGUUCUAAUAUAACUACAAGUACUCCUAAUAAAGAAGAUUCGCAAUCAUCAUCUGGAUAUAAAGUUAGUGAUCAACCAAGUUCCAAUCAGUUCAAAGAUUCUAAAAUAUAUUCGGGAGUCGACGAUACUAGGUCUAGGUGUGGAAAUUCAAGUCCUAAUAAAGAAGAUUCGCUAUCUUCAUCUGUUGGUGAUCAAUCAAGUUCCAAUCAGUUCAAGGAUUCAGAACACUCGAAAGUCGAAAAGACUAGGACUAGUUCCAGAAAUAUAAUUCAUAAUAAAGAAGAUUCGCAAUCUUCAUAUGGAGAUGAAGUUAAUGAUCCAUCAAGUUCCAAUACAUUCAAUAAACAUGCAAGAGUCAAUGGGAGGCAUAGAAAUUCAAGUCCUAGAAAUGAAGAGAGGAAUAGGAACUGGCCCAGCGGAAAUCAAUCUUCCUCAUCAUUUGGUAAGAAAGGUAGAAAUUCAAAAAAUUAUCCAAUGAAUUCUAAAGAUUCAACUGAAAAUGGAAGUAUUGAGACUCCUAUAAAAAAUUAUGACGGAUUUAAGAAAGAAAUUGAAGGAGAAGGCAAUUCUAGUAAAAAAGAAAAUCAGUCUUCAUCUAUGCAAGACAAUUAUUCAACUGAUUCAAAAUAUUCAAAUUCAAGUAAUUGUACUCCAAAUAGAAGUUGCUAUAGAAGUUUCAGUAAACAGAAAAUUUUCAUGAGAAAUGAUACUGAUGAAAAGAAUGAUUUUUGUUCCUAUUUGAUAUCUGGAGAGGCUGAAAAUGACUCUAGAGUGAAGGAAGUGGAAGGAAAUUUGUUUGAAGUUGACGAAGAUUAUGCAUUAGCUCAUUGUGUUGCACAGGAUAUGAAUAUGGGCAGUGGUAUAGCAAUUGAAUUUAGGAAUCGAUUCAAUAAAGUUCCAGAACUAUUAUCUCAACAUGCUAAAACAGGAGGAUUAGCCAUUCUUGAAAAAAAAGGCAGAUUCAUUUAUUAUUUAGUGACAAAAUCCGUUUCUCAAGGAAAACCAACAUAUGACAGUCUCUGGUCCUCUUUGUGUAAACUAAGAGAACACAUGAAAGCCAACAAUGUUAAAAAGCUAGCUAUGCCUCGAAUUGGUUGUGGCUUAGAUCGGUUAGAUUGGGAUGUUGUUUGGCGAAUGUUGAAAUAUUUAUUUAGAAGUGAAGAUUCUGACAUAUUGGUGUGUAAUUUCCAGCCGCUUAAAAAAGGAAGGAAAAGGUGCAAGAAGACCAAGUGCUAUAAAGGAGUUAAAAAGAGCAAACUUUUUAUGCAACAAUUUUUUCAAAAGAAGUCACAUCAGAAAAAGUAGAACAUAAUUUUUCAUUUUUUCCAUUUGUUCUUCAGUAAUUUGUCUUCUGAUUAUAAUUUUUAUUUUUGUACUUAUAGCUAUCAGAUGUGUUCAUUUAUAAAGGAAACAAUACAUUUGUAUUAUCUUAGCAAAUAAGUAUUUUAUUAGUUUUGAAAUAAUUUUUUAUUAUUAUAUUCACUUAUUAAUUAAUCAAUUAAUUCAUUUUUAUAAUUUUGUUUUGUUUGAGUAAAAUAGAUAUUUUUCAUUCAAUACUUAUUAUUCUAUUUACACUUGAUGGGAUCCACAUUGCAUUUUUAUAUUUCAUCUGAUUUUUAUCAAUCUUUAUUAGGUAGAGAUUAAUCUCUGAAUGUUGAGAUGAUUUAAUUAUUUUUUUUUAUUGAAUUAAAUCUUCAAAUUAUACCGACAUUUAUUUCAUUAAGCCAUGAAAAUUAGCUCAUCUUUAACUGAAUGAUCACUAGGUAUUUCUUUUUUUCUAAUAGUAAAAUCAAAUUAUUAUAAAAUUGAAGAGCUAAUUUUACUCCAUUAAUAUCAAUGAAAAAAAUUAAUGAAUAUCCUGCUGCCUAUAACUAGCAAAAACAUAUAAUUGAAGAAUAUGUAUGUCCUGGUUAUAGAAAAGUUUACAUUGAAAUUCUUUCAAUUCUGAAUGAUCGUAUUAAAGCUACUAAAGAACAAUUUUUU